AUGCUGCCGAGUCGCACUUCAGCCGAGCCGCCCGGCCGCCCACCAGUCGAGCCGCCGUGCAGCCGAGCCACACAGCAGCCGAGCCGCCGAGCCGCCCUAGCAGCCGAGCCGCCGAGCCGCCCUACAGCCGAGCCGCCCGAGCAGCCUUGUCCGGGUAGGGCCAUUGACUUUGAGGUCUGGGUAGACGACCUGCAGCUGUUCUUACAGUGCGAUAGGGCAGACGGCCUCUCUCUCUUUGACCUUACCUCUGGCGCUUCCCCUGCCCCUGCUGCUGAUGCUGACGCCACUGUUUGCUCCCAGUGGGCCACGCGCGACGCUGCUGCACGUCUUGCUGUGCGUCGCCACCUCCGUACCUCCGAGCGUGCGCUCUUUAGUCAGUACAAGAGUGCUCAGACCUUUCGCUCGGUGCGGCGUCUGCCCCUAGCAGGAGACGCCGCCCUGGCAAGGGCAAGGGGGGCAAGGGAGCUGGAGGAGCGGGCGGUGGAGGUGGAGGUGGAGGCGGUGGGGGUAGUGGGGGUGGCGGUGGGAGUGGAGGUGGGGGUGGGGGGGUCGGUGGCGGCAGUGGAGGCGGAGGCGGCGGCGGCGGUGGCAGUGGGAGCGGAGGUGGCGGAGGAGGCGGCGGUGGAGGCAGCGGCGGAGGCGGCGGCAGUAGCGGAGGCGGCGGAGGCGGCGGCAGUAGCGGAGGCGGCGGAGGCGGUGGGGGUGGCGGUGGAGCUGGUCGCGGGUCUUCGCAGAGGAGUGGCUCCGGUGGUGGCUCGCGCCAGCAGCAGCAGCGCGGUCGUGAGACCCUGUCCCCUCAGCAGCUCUGUGAGUGGUACACUGCACGCCAGCGGGGUGGGGGUUUUGGUCCGUGCACCUACGUCCUGCGCACCGGCGACCGUGCGGGGCGAGCUGUCUAGGGCGGGUGUUGUCAUCUUUGAUCUUGACUUUGAUGCUAUUCUCUCUGUCAUGUAUGCUGUGUCUAAUAGUGAUGAGGGUGACUGCUACCGCUGUUUCCCGCCCGAUCCGGGCAUUGAGGCUGCUGCCCUAGGUGCUUGCGACGCUGCUGCUCUAGGUGCUAGUGUGUCUGCGUCCUCAGGUACUAGUGAGUCUGCGCUCUCAGGUACUACGUCGGCUUCGGCCUCCCUCACCUUCACCCUUGACUCUGGGGCGUCUCGCUCCUUCUCUCGGGACCGCACCACACUCACGCCGCUCAGUCGGCCGGUUGCGAUGUCUCUGGCUGACCCCUCCGGAGGUCCUGUACUGUCUCGUUUCUCCACAGUCCUCCCGUGUCCAGCGGCUCCCUCUGGCACCCUGUCUGGUCUUUACCUCCCCUCGUUCUCGACGAACCUGGUGAGUGGUGCUGACCUACAGGAUGCAGGUGUCCACCAGUUCACUCCUGCGCGUCACCGAGGGACACACUGUACGGAGGCUAGCACAGGCCGACACCUGGCUACGUUCACCCGUCAGCCGGGGUCGAGCCUGUACACUCUGACCACUGCGUCUCCUCCAGUUGCUGAGUCUGGUAGGGUAGCUGCGUCGGGUCAGGUGUUUGCUGCGACGUCCUGGUCUGGUCCUGAGUCUGCCCCCUGUUCGUGUCGUCUCUUGUCUUACGAGACUCUCCUCUGGCACCACCGCCUUGGCCACCCCUCUCUGCUUCGGCUCAGAGGCAUAGCCUCUCAUCUUCUUGUGUCUGGUCUCCCCCGGUCCCUCCCUCCCCUUCCUCAGGGCCCUGGCCCUGCCUGUGUCCCCUGUGUCGAGGGGCGCCAGCGUGCUGCCCCUCACUCCUCCCAGUUUCCUUCGACAGAGGCCCCGUUGCAGACGCUUCACAUGGACGUGUGGGGCCCAGCCCGCGUCUGUAGACAGAGUCACGAGCGCUACUUCCCGCUCGUUGUUGACGACUACUCGCGUUACACCACAGUCUUCCCCUUGCGCACCAAGGGUGGUGUCACUGAGACCUUCACGCUUCCGGACUCACCGCAGCAAAAUGGGAUUGCUGAGCGCCGCAUUGGCAUGGUCAUGGACGUCGCUCGUACGUCUAUGAAGCAUGCGGCUGCCCCCCAUUUUCUGUGGCCGUUUGUGAUGAGUGCGUUUGUCCGCGACUUGUCUGCGGACAAGCUGUCCCCUCGUGCUGCUCCUUGCGUCUUCCUGGGGUUCCCCCCUGACGCGCCUGGGUGGCAGUUCUACCACCCCACCUCUCGCCGUGUUCUGUCCUCCCAGGACGUCACGUUUGACGAGUCGGUCCCCUACUACCGCCUCUUCCCCUACCGCACUCCGUCCCUCCCCCCACCCCCACUCUUCCUUAUACCAGGUCCCCCCCAGGUAGACCCCCUUCCCCCUCAGGGUCUUGCCCCUUCAGGUGUGUCCCACGUAGACGCAGUCGAGCCUGUCGAGGUCACUCUUGACUCUGGUGCUGCUGGGGGUGAUGAGCCUGGGGGUGCUGGGCCUAGGGGUACGGAGUCUGGUGGUGCUGAGCCUCGGCGUGCUGCGUCUUGGGGUGCUGAGCCUGGGGGUGCUGAGCUUGGGGGUGCUGCGUCUGGGGGUGCUGAGACUGGGGGUGCUGAGCCUCGAGGUGCUGCGUCUUGGGGUGCUGAGCCUGGGGGUGCUACGCCUGGGGGUGCUGAGCGUGGAGGUGCUCCGCCUGGAGGUUCUCCGGGUGCUUCUUCUCGCCGGGAGCCACUCUCUCCACAGGAGCUGCGCGAGUGGUUUGCCCGGCGCUGGCGCCGUUCUGCUGGUGCUGGAGGUUCUUCGGCUGCUGAGGGUGCUGCGGUCGCGGGUCCCGGAGGUGCUCGUACUGAGAGUACUGGAGCUGCUGGGCCUGCGGGUUCGACUAGAGCUGGUGCUGCUGAGGGUAUUGGUGCUGAGACUACUACUGGUGGUCCUGCUAGGGGUGCUCCUGGUGCUGCUGGAGGUUCUCGAGCUGCUGGAGGUUCUGUUGGGGCGGUUGCUCCUGCUGAGGUUACUGGUGCUGUCCCUGCUGUUUCUGGCGUCGCCAUGCGGCCUCGACCGUACUUUUCACAGCUACAGGCUGCCUCCCUUUUGCCUGCUCCUUCUCCCUACGCUGGUUUUACUGGAGGUCUUACUGAGCGUCGUGAGCCAGCGUCUCGUCCUGCAUCGCCUGUUCGUGCUGCUCGCGCUAGUGGUCGCGGUCCUCGCCAGCGUCCUCUUCCUGUCCCUGGCAUGCAACGGAUGUCUCUGCGUUCGUCUACUGCUCCUCUGCGUGCCCCUUUGCCUUCCCCUCCUGAGUCCUCUCUUCCCGCUCUUGCCGACCCUGCGUCGGACUCUCUUCGUGCUGCCACUCCUGCUAUCACGCGUCUCUUUGCUACUGUUGUCACUGACGCUUCCUUCGAGUCUACUGCUGCGUCUGCCAUAGUUGCUGAGCUCGUCGACUUGGCUGCUCACUGUCGCCUAGACUACGCUGCUAGUCUUGUCGCUGAGUCUGAGUCUGUCUGUCCUCCGUCCGUCGGGGGUGAGUGUGCUCCUGGCACGGACGUCCUUGAGGACAGGCAGGAGGAGUUCCAGUGUCUGGCGGCUGCUUCACCUCAUCUCGUGUCCGUAGUGCUUACCCCUGAGGGAGACCCGGAUGCACUUGACAUCCCGACUCCGCGCUCUUACACGGAGGCGAUAGAGGGUCCCUACUCCUCUCAGUGGCAGGCAGCUAUGGAUGCAGAGAUGGCUUCCUGGAAAUCCACAGGCACCUACGUUGACGGUGUCCGCCCUCCUGGGGCGAACAUCGUCAGUGGCAUGUGGAGCUUCAGGGUGAAGCGGCCGCCGGUUUCUCCACCUGUCUUCGAGGCGCGUUACGUGGCUCGUGGUUUCAGCCAGCGGCAGGGAGUUUACUACUUUCAGACCUUCUCCCCCACCCCGAAGAUGACCACUCUUCGGGUACUGCUGCACGUUGCUGCUCACCGUGACUACGAGCUGCACUCUCUUGACUUCAGCACAGCUUUCUUGCAGGGCAGCCUACACGAGGAGAUCUGGCUGCGUCGCCCAGCUGGCUUCACUGGGUCUUUCCCUCUUGGUACCAAGUGGAGUCUUCGGCGUCCAGUCUACGGUCUCCACCAGGCGCCCCGUGAGUGGCACGACACACUGAGAACUACGCUUACGCCUCUUGGGUUUGCUCCUUCUACUGCCGACCCGUCGCUGUUUCUGCGCACCGACACCUCUCUGCCGCCGUUCUACAUCCUCGUGUACGUCGACGACUUGGUCUUUGCCACAGCUGACACUGCUGGACUCGCCUACGUGAAGUCCGAGCUGCAGAAGAGACACACGUGCACAGACCUGGGUGAACUGCGCAGCUACCUUGGCUUGCAGAUCGCCCGGGACAGAGCACGCCGCACCAUUACCCUGACUCACAUUCUCGCAUGCUAUGUUGCUCCUGGGAGACACCGACCAGAGGACAUGGCUGCAGCGAAGAGGGUGUUGCACUACCUGUGUAGUACGUCGGGCAUGGGGCUAGUGCUUGGAGGGCGGAGUCCAGUGGUCCUCACUGAGCACGCGGACGCUUCUUGGGCUGACGACCAGGCUACGCAGCGGUCGUCACAGGGUUACACCUUCAGCCUUGGUUUCGGCUCUGUUUCGUGGCGGGCUACUCGCUCGUCUUCUGUUCUUGGCUCCAAUUGUGAGGCUGAGAUCUACGCUGGGGCCAUGGCUGCACAGGAGUUUUGCUGGCUCACCUACCUGCUGACUGGCCUUGGAGAGCCGCCUUGUUCUCCUCCAGUCCUGUAUGUAGACAACAAGGCCAUGCUGGCCUUGUGUCGAGAGCAGCGACUGGAGCACAGAACAAAGCACAUUGCUCUCCGCUACUUUCUUGCUUGUGAGCUACAGCAGCGUGGACAGUUGCGGCUUGCGUACGUGGCCUCUGAGGCCAACACUGCUGAUGUGUUUAUCAAUGCACUUGCGCAUUGUGAUCAUCAGCGCUUCUGCACUCAGCUGGGUCUUGUGCCCGUCUUGCCUCACUUGCUCUCCUCUUGA